AUUACAUGGUGUGAGAGAUGGAGAUCGAGAUGGAGGGGUGGAGAAGAGAGAGAAAAGAGAGACGGGCUAAUAACACACACACGUACACACACACACACACACACACACACACACACACACGCACGCAGAUAGAUAGAUAGAGUCUCGCGCGGAGGGAUAGAGGACAAAAACGUGACUAGGCAGCCUAAGAGCUGUUAUGCAACCGCUGACCUACUAACACAUAUUUCUAGAAAGGGAGCCGGAGAAACUGGAGCAAAGUGUCCAGCAUCGCACAGCACACAAGGCAGCCCGAGCCAAAAGACAGGAACAGCUUCCACCCGACCCACUGACUUCACGACGACUGAGCCGAGCACCGUCAGGAACCAGGAGGAGAAAACUUUUCGCCUUUUUUUUUGUCUGUGUGUGUGUGUCGGGAGGUUUUUCUUCUAAAGGGACAAGGAAAGGAGGAAACGGGAGCGAGACAGCUUUUGUGUCGGGGAAGCCGGAAUCUUUUUUUCCCCCUCCUCCUCCACCAGGACAUGGAAAGUUAGUGGUCAGCAAACAGCAGCACUGAAGCACAGGAUCCUCAGGGAGCCCCGAAGUAGACGGACUGACCUACAUCCUUUGUGAGAGGCUGAGAGAAGCAGGCCAGUGUCCUGACAGGCAUCACAGCUCUGCUGAAGAUUGAGGAAGACGCCGAUAAACUCAAAAUCACCUCCAGCGAGACUCCACAGACUGCUUUGAACUAGUUGCCAAGACAGCUGGAAGGCUUUUCAGUCAAAACACAAAGUUGUUUCUUUUUAUAGUUUCCCCUGUUCAGAACACUUUUUCAAUGUCUGAGGUUUUUGUCGAGUUCCACCUCUUUUUAAUCUUCUUGGCUAAUUUGGACACUUGAACCUUUUAAUCUUGAGAGAUAAGUAACAGAAAUCAAUGAGGCUAUCUCUUCGAGGAGCACAAAUACCUCAUCAAGAAGUUUUUGCGGAUCCUACGACAUAGGUCAAACGCCUUAGUAACAAAACAGAAGGAUCAUAUAGUUUUACAUCUUUUCCCUUCCCCCCUUUGCCCUUUGCUAGAGUUACACUCUGGCCCCCAGCUGGGAAAAAAUGGAAAGUCUGAGUCUACACAUCCCAUCCACCAGCAACAAAAAUUCCAUGGAUGUAGAUACUUUUUCUAACUACAGUGGGAGCAUACCAUCCCCUGAUCCUGAAAGUGGAGGGCGGAUCAGCCGCCAGGCUAAAGGUAGCAAGCCUAAUGUGACGUGCCGUCGUAAGCGGGAGUUCAUUUCUGAUGAGAAGAAAGAUGCUUGUUAUUGGGAAAAACGGAGGAAGAACAACGAGGCAGCCAAACGCUCAAGGGAAAAGCGUCGCCUCAAUGACAUGGUGCUAGAGAACCGGGUCAUGGCGCUGAACGAGGAGAACGUUCGUCUCAAAACAGAGCUUCUUCAGCUCAAGUUACGCUUUGGCCUCAUCAGCACAGCCUCCUACAUGGAGAAAAGUCAGCAAAUCUCCAACAGUGCGGCUGCUGCUGCUGCUGCUGUUGCCAACGCUAGCAACAAUGGGAGCAGCACCAAUGGCACCCCAAACAGCAACGCCUACCUCUCAAGCAGCGGCUACUCCAGUGCAUCCCAAGUGAUGCUGAAUUCUGACUCAUCUGAAACUGAACAGUCGAGGUGUGGCGACCGGCACGCAGCGCUCCACAGUUACUCUCCCCGGGGCUCUGUUUCUGACAUGUCUGACGGCUCCUCCAGAGACAGCCCAGAACCUAUGGGGUACAACAUAAAGACAGAGCCCUCAAGUAUGGAGAUGGCCAGACUGGAAAGCAAUGGGAUUCCCAGUGGGAUUGCUAAUGGUUUGCCAAAUGGGGCUUACCAUGGCAACCACACUGCUCUGGUUUCUCCUCACCAGCAGAACACAUUGGCUGAAAGUACCAUUGACUACCAGCACCACCAACAACAGCAGCAGUGCCACAUGGAGGCCUCCAGCCCCGCUCCUCAGGCCACCUCUGCACAGAGGAGCGUCAUCUUGUACCGCUCCAGCAGUGGAUGUUACCCCAUGGAGGGUCAGAGGACAGAGGACCAGCAGUCCCAGCAGAGCAGACCGCUGCAACAAGGCCAGCACACCUCAACCUCCAGGUUUUCUGACUGCUCAGUGACCAUCACAGAGGUCGCUGAGAAGCUAGAGAGGACAAAGACCAUGGACUCACCUCAGUAUGAAUACACUAAUGGUCAUGCUGAGUUGGCAGAGGAGCUGCAGCACAGGUACAAUCCCAACGCCCAACAACAGCGUGAGAACAAUGGGCACUACAGCUACCAGGGUCAGGAGAGAAGUCUUCAGCAUGCAGAAAGCCAUCGGAAUCCCUUUGCCCCUGAUCUGAUCCACAACACUGAGGAGGACAAGUCCUCUUUCCCACAGCAUAACAGCUACCUCAACACACUGGACGAAGAGCCCCCAGUGCUCACCUAUGAGGGAGGUCCCCGCACUGACGGUUUCUACCAGGAGAACUCUUCCACUAAAGACACGUCAUCCAGUGAUGGGGACCCUCGUAGCUCUGACAAGGAGGGCUCCACAGAUGACGAGUCCCCCUCUUCAUCCUCCUCAGACAUCAGCAGCUACCAUCAGAAGGCAGUGGGAGCUGCAAGUUUGCAUGUCGAGUUCCAAACUGAGGUCAAAGCCACUGCCUUGCCCCACAAGCUCCGUCUCAAGUACAAAGCUCUAUCCAAUGGGGCAGCAGGAAUGCAGGUGGAGGGAUCAGUCAACACCUCCAUGUCCCCCUCUCCCAAUUUGCCUCAGCACCCUUACUUGGCUCUACCCAACAACCCUCACAGUGCCCAGGCCAAUGGGGAGAGCAAAGAGGUGGAGAAUGAGACUGAGUUUGCAGAAGAGGUCAAGCCUCAGGUUUAUGAGAGGGCGGAGGCUAAAAAGGAGGGGGGGAAGAGGGGAUUCGGUAGCAGCAGGGGUGGGCGCAAUAAGAAGCGAGAUUAAGGACAAAGAGGAGCAUAUUUUCUGACACCUCUGUGUUGUCUACAACAGACAACUACAUCUAUGAUUCACAUUGCUACCUUACAAAACAGAGAAGAAGCCAAUGAUCUGUGUGAGGUGGUGGUAGGAUGUGAUUUCAUCAUAAAGUUUCACUGUGUCACCUAUUCCCUAUCCCUUUACUCUUUUUACUCCUACCUCCCACCUAUCCCUCCAAUCAAAACAAUAGAUCACUUAACGAGGGAGGGGACAGAAUGAAACUCUCCAGAGCUGGAGUCUGGGAUAUUUCCCUUGUGGAGAACUCAAACAUUAUUCAAUUAUUAUUAUUGUAAACUGCCUUGGUGGCUGGCCAGCAUUUAUUGUGGCAUUAUGGGAACAUUCCUUUGACCAAAGAAUACACAUCCUUCCUUUAGCGACAAAGAGUUACAUUCUUCCUCCCUCUGAACACAUCUGUAACACUUCAUCCUCCACCCUCUUACCAUUUACACACAAGACCCCUUCACUUCUAAAGCACUUAGAUUGUAUAUUACUGUGACAUAAAUUUACAUAUAUGGAAUAUAUAUUUUAAGAAGAAAAAUGUGGCAAAAACAACAAAAAAAAUAAAACAGUGGGAUACCGAAGUCGUAGACUUUAAAAGUGAUGAGUUUGUUCUUGUUGAGACACCUUGUACAGUCCCCCCCUUUUGUCUAGAAAAUGCCUCAAAGAUUUUCUUUUAACUAAAAGUAUGAGCCACAACUUGUAAAAAGAAAAAAAAAGUACUUUUUCAUAUUUCAGAUCAGAUCACAGGCCUCGUUCAGGUGAUCUGAGCUCUUAGAAAACUCAAAUCUGUCAAAACAGUGAAGGCCAGUUAUACGCAUAUCAGUCAAGGCUAUGCAGUCACACAUUUCUGUUGGCAAAACCUGACAAGCACAAGGCAAGCCUUGUUUGCCAGCUGUUCGGCAAAAAUCAAUACAUCUUCAUUUCCAGACAAAAACAGUCUGUCUAAUAAAUUAAAUGGCUCUCCAAACCAGCAAAGCUGCUCUCUCUUCAUAAGGUGCCUCUUUAUUGUGUUGUCCCUCGUCCCCACUUUGGCCACUGUCUUAAUGAUCCCACUCACCUCCGCACUGAAUUGUUUUAGCUAGAUCAUACAGUCUGUACAAGUUUAAAUGUUUCACUUCCUGGUGCCUGCCUCUGGCCACUAUGUAUAAAUGUAAAGUUGUCUCUUGUAUACUGCUGUCAUUAUUUUAUUAUUAUUUUAUUAAUAAUAUUGUUAUUUUCUAUUAUAUUCGUUUAUUAUUUUGGCUAUUAUUAUGUGUAUUUUUCUGUCAUCCUGUUGUGUCAUUUUUGCUCUAUGCUCUUCCUGGUUGUGCUGUGUAUUUACCCAUGCUGCCCUUUGCCCCCAGUUACCAUUUGUACUCUGUGUUACUGUAUAACCUUUGUUGUUCGCCGAAAGGCUUUCUGAAAAUGGAAAAAAAAAAAAUUGAAUAAGGCUUGUCCAGAAGUGAUUAUGUAUUGCUAUACUUCAUGUGGAUAUGCAAAUGGUUACAAAAACACUCAUUUUUGAUUGUGAAAGAUUCAAAAUGGGGAAAAAAAUAAAGGGUUGUUGAAUUUA